AUGUCAGAGCAGAACAGAACACGAGGCCUGUGGUGCUUUGAUUCCAGAAAGAGCGGUCUUGGCAUUAGACCCAUCUGGCACUGUUUCUCUCCUCCAGAUUUCUAUAAAUAAUAAUGUAUUUUCAGUGCUGACAGCCUCCUCCUCUCUGACUCCUCAGCCACCUAGUGUGUUCUAGUCUACUUUACUUCACUCAGGGGAAAACACGGCCACAACUUCGAGGUCAAUAGAGUUGAAAUGACCCAGAAAUGUUAUCCUGUGUUCAGACGCUGAUAUGCAUGUAGGUUUCCUUGAUAUUGAUCAUAGAGCAGAGAGGGUGGAUCGUUAGCUUUGCAGCCAACUGACGAUCUGACGAUCAAACGGAAUAGUAAUCUUCCCGUAUUCUUAAUGAUGAACAAUCACAUGGAACUAAGUCAACUGACGACUGCAGAUCAUGAUGUAAUAGAUGUGUAGAAUGAUUAUUAAGACAGGAAGUCAAUCCCAGCUUUUGUUUCAUCUCUGACAGGGAUUAGUGACUAGACCUCUACCAGACCUCUAUAGACCUAUAUACAGUAGACCUCUCUAUUUUAAGUCAGCUUUCCCUCUCUCUCUGUCCUCUGUGCUGCAGCGAAGGACAAGUCAGUGAGAACAAGCUUUCACCUUUAGAUUUUAGUCACAGAAUAUACUGAGAGUAAUACCUUGCUCGGGCAGGACCUAAACCAGAGUUUGUUUUAUCUUGGUGACCUAAGAUCGGUGUAUAGGGGCAACUUCAUCCUACCUACUCCUCCUUGAUGGUGGCGGCCAUAUUAUGCUUGCUAAGAGGCCAUCCUGUGAGACCAGUUUAGGAGACUGAGCUUAAUCAGCCAUCUGCUGAUACUCCCGUCUUAUACUGUAAGCUCGUUAUCAACGACCUACAUCUACUCUAUAAGAUAUAGAAACAUAUUUUUUUGUUGACUUGUUACGAUACAAUUGAAUACAGUACAAUCAACCAACUGGAAGCACAUUGUAACUCAACUGAGGACAUGGAGUAAGUUUGAGCUGCAGCAUCCGCAGUCUGUAUGUGAUUGGCAAAAGGUAGUGGCCAAAGGGUUAAAGGAAGGAAGUGUAUUGUUUAGGAGGAGGUUCUUCCCACAGCUCACCUGAUGUGAAGGACAUACACAGCAAGAAACUAAUGCAUAGAUAAAUGCAUAUUUAAGAAUUUUUAAGAAGUACAGCCUUUGAAAUGUGUAACUUUUAUCUUGUCUCUUCUUCCCUAAUUCCUCUCGCUCUAUCUCGCUCUCUCUCCCCCAGUUGACCUGAUUCUGACCUCUGAACUGUCCAAGAUGGCGACCUCCUUCACAAGAAUGAUGUCCGGCCGUAAUACGGCCGUGCUGUUGGCCAGCCUGGGAGCAGGCACCAUGGCAACCGGCUACCUGAUUACCGACAGCAACAUCCUGUCUGCUGAGGAGAGGAGGAAGCUCUAUCCACCCAGGUAGGACUACAAACAACAUGGCCUCUAAUGGACUGUGGACUACACAUAGGAUGGCUUUAUACAGACGACCUACAAAGGUUGGAUAAAUAAUUUGGAAUACAGGUGUUGGGCCUGGGAUAGCUGCACCUGUUGAAUAGGAACAACCAGAAUCUGACACACAGUGUGCAGUCAGUCCUAAUGUAAGUCAAAGGUAGAGGGGCGGGGCAGGGAAUGAAACCUUAGAGGUUGAGUAGAUACAAGUCUUGCCAGUCACCUCCUUUGCCCUUUCCUUCAUUCGCAUAUAGUAAACACACACACACACACAGGGACAUGAGCCAAGAGUAGAUCAGAUCAGGAACUAAGGCUUGAGCCACAGAUUAGACAGAUCACCAACACUCUAAAAUAACUUCCUCUACUUAUCUCAAUCAAUCAAGCGACCAAUCAACCAAUCAAUAUGUACCUGUCCAAAAAAACUACAUCCACAUUACAUCUAAAACCGCAGCCCUCUUGGCAAGGGGUGUGUCCAUAAUCACACCCUAUUUGAAAGGUUCUUCAUAGUGCACAGCUUUUGAAUGAAAACGACUUUUCCCAUCAUCCCCAGCGCUGACUAUCCUGACCUGAGGAGGCACAACAACUGCAUGGCGCACUCCCUGACCCCUGCUAUCUACGGCAAGCUGAGAGACAAAGUGACCCCUAACAACUGGACCCUGGACCAGUGCAUCCAGACCGGAGUGGACAACCCAGGCCACCCCUUCAUCAAGACUGUCGGCAUGGUGGCUGGGGACGAGGAGAGCUACGAGGUACUGUAUGUGUGCGUGUGUGUGUUUGUUUGUGUGUGUGUGCAUUUUUUUAUAUUUUGAAGGAGGUAUCUCCUUUUGGUUAGCAGUUAACUGUCCAUCCUGUCCUCUCCAGGUGUUUGCUGAUAUCUUUGACCCCGUCAUCAAAGACCGACACAACGGCUACGACCCCAAAACAAUGAAACACCCCACUGAUCUGGACGCAUCCAAGGUAGCACACACACACACCUCCAUGAACCUCUACACACUACAUUAAAUAGUCCAUUAUUCUCAGAUUUAAUGAUAACUCUCUCUCCUCAGAUCACCAACGGUAUGUUUGAUGAGAAAUACGUUCUGUCGUCUCGCGUGCGUACAGGCCGUAGUAUCCGCGGUCUGAGCCUGCCCCCGUGCUGCUCCCGCUCGGAGCGCCGUGAGGUGGAGCGUGUGACCGUGCAGGCCCUGGCCGGCCUGAAGGGUGACCUGGCUGGACGCUACUACAGCCUGGGAGACAUGACCGAGAAGGAGCAGCAGCAGCUUAUUGAUGUGCGACACUCACAGAGGAUCUAUCUAUCUAUCUAUCUAUCUAUCUAUCUAUCUAUCUAUCUAUCUAUCUAUCUAUCUAUCUAUCUAUCUAUCUAUCUAUCUAUCUAUCUAUCUAUCUAUCUAAUGUACCUAUCUAUCUUUCUGUCUGUGGGUCUGUCUGUCCGUCCGUCUGCAUCCCAAUCUCUCUUCCUCUUUGUCUGUCUCUCUUCUCCUUUUAUCCAAAAAUGUACAUAACUACAUGUAUUAUCAUAAUCUGACUGCAUGCGGGAUUCCUCAUAUCCAUGAUAAUAUCUACUUAUAUUGCCAUACUAAUAGCAGGGAUUGUUGUAAAGAUUAUGCGGAAAUAGUGCAACUGUAACCUGAACUGUAGUGACUCAUCUGAGGACAUGGUUCUUGAUUGCACUAAUUUGUCUUCAUUCCCCAGUGGUAGGCCUACCAAUUAUUUCAGGAAAGUUUAGCACAAUGGACAAAAAGGGGCUUAGUUACCAAGUUAAUCCACUCAGUCUAGACAGACUGGGAUGACUUUGCGUUUCAUCCUAACGGCUACGAUUAAGAUUGGAAAUAGAGGUAAUCUUUGGGAGAGAUUAGACUAGUCUUGACCUUUGUCUCAUUAACCUUUGUCCUCUGAACCUCACGCUGCCGCAGGAGCAUUUCCUGUUCGACAAGCCCGUCUCUCCUCUGCUGACCUCUGCCUUCAUGGCCCGUGACUGGCCUGAUGCCAGGGGCAUCUGGUAAGACCAGAGUAGUAGAGAGCCAAACCAUGUCCCCAAAACUACACUACCUGUAGAGAGACCUAGUACUAAGAAUCUGGUAAGGCCAGAGCAGUAGAGAGCCCAAACCUGUCCUUGUAGCUUUAAAAGCCUGUAGCACUGUCUUGUAUCAUAAUAGCUGUAGAAAUAGUACUAUCUGUGAGUAGGGGCAUCUGGUAAGAUCAGAGGAGUAGAGAGCAGAACCAUGUUCCCAUAGCAUUAGAGGCCUUUGGGAAAGGUCUCUUCCUCUGACUACUCUUCCUCCUCUCGUCCUCUUCUCCCCAAAGUAUCAUUACAUCAAUGUCCUUCUAACCCUGAAUUCCCAUUUCCGUGACCAUCUCCUCAUCUUCCACCUCUCCCUCUUCCCCUCCCUCUCCUCCUCCUCUCCCUCCUCUCCCCUGUAGGACCACUUCCUGUUUGACAAGCCUGUCUCCCCCUUGUUGACGUGUGCCUUCAUGGCCCGUGAUUGGCCCGACGGCAGGGGCCUCUGGUAGGGUCUACAAGGCUCUCAUCAGCAGAUUCCUCUAACCAGCAUGUGUGUGCUGUGAUCGCAGAAGUUGACAAUCAGUGCAACCAACAAAUGUUUAUAGAUUCUUAGGAAUGUGUUCUUUCUCUCCAGGCACAACAAUGAGAAGACCUUCUUGAUCUGGGUCAAUGAGGAGGACCACACCAGGGUCAUCUCCAUGGAGAAGGGAGGAAACAUGAAGAGAGUGUUUGAGAGGUUCUGCAGAGGACUCCAACAGGUACUUUACAUGUCACAUCUUAGUGAUUUAAUGAUGCUCGUCUCUACACUCUUAAAAAAAGGAUUCCAAAAGUGCUCUUCGGCUGUCCCCAUAGGAGAACCAUUUUUGUUUCCAGGUAGAACGGGAAAGGGUAAAAAUGGUUCUACAUGGAACCCAAAAGGGUUCUACCUGGAACCAAAAAUGUUUCUUCAAAGGGUUCUCCUAUGGUGAUAGCUGAAGAACCAUUUUAUGAUGUAGAUAGCACCCUUUUUUCUAUAAUAUACAUGGACAUAUACAGUAGAUUAUUAAUGUGUCCUUCCAUCCUCUAGGUGGAGAAGCUGAUCCAGGAGAGAGGCUGGGAGUUCAUGUGGAACGAGCACCUGGGUUACAUCCUGACCUGCCCCUCUAACCUGGGUACUGGACUCAGGGCUGGAGUGCAUGUCAGACUGCCCAACCUCAGCAAGGUAACACACACUCUCUCUCUCUCUCUCUCUCUCUCUCUCUCUCUCUCUCUCUCUCUCUCUCUCUCUUUCUCUUUUCUUCUCUUCCCCAACGUUUUUGCUUGGAUUGUCCCUGUGCAUUGACCCCUCUUUCCCUAGACAAAGCAUUUAUAAAAGUUCUGUACUUACCCUGCAGGACCCUCGCUUUGGUAAGAUCCUGGACAACAUGCGUCUGCAGAAGAGAGGGACAGGCGGAGUUGACUCGGCCACAACUGGAGACACCUUCGAUAUCUCCAACAACGACCGUCUGGGAAAAUCUGAGGUAAAACUACAACCAUAUUCUAUGAAUGAAUGAAUGAAUGAAUGAAACUGUAAACCAUCUCAAAUUAACUCUAUCUGGACCAAAGAUUAAACUCACCUUGACCGCUGAUAACUGUGUGUAUCGGUGCGUGUGUAUAGGUGGAGCUGGUCCAGUUAUUGGUUGAUGGAGUCAACUAUCUGAUUGACUGUGAGAAGAAGCUGGAAAGGGGCCAGGACAUCAAAGUCCCCUCCCCCAUCACCCAGUUCAGGAAGUGA